UAUAAAUUUAAUCUAAUCAAUAUCACUUUCACUUUCCUUUCUUCCAUUAAACACUUCACACUCUUCCCAUUCCCUAAUCCCUUCCCUCCUUUCUGCCUCUUCUCUCUAUAAGCUUCACUCCUUCCUAUUUUCAGUUCUUGAGUUUACUACCCAUUUUGGCUCAAAGAUCUCGUCUUUCUUCUGGGUUUUGGCUUAAAUGGAGAGGACGAUGCUUACUUUGUUGCAUUUGUUCUUGUUCUUUUUGUUUUUUGCUAAAGAUGUUGCAUCUGCCCGAAAUAACCCAAAUGAAGUUACUGAUAUUUACAUUGUUACACUUAAGCAAGCUCCUUCUGCUCAUCUUAUAUUCAAUGAACUUAAUGAAAGCCACAGAAAUUUGACCAAAAGCCACCAUUCUUCUCCUAAAUUUAGCACUUUUCACAGGCACAGAAAUAUCUCAAGAACGGAUCAUCACUAUGGUUCAUAUGUUGCUCGAGUCCAUGAUUCUUUGUUAAGCAAAGUGUUGAGAGGGCAAAAGUAUGUGAAACUGUACAGCUAUCACUACUUGAUCAAUGGCUUUGCUGUGCUCAUUACACCUGAGCAGGCGGAUAGGCUUUCUAGAAGGAGAGAAGUGACAAAUAUGGUACUAGACUUUUCGGUUAGGACUGACACAACACAUACUCCUGAGUUCCUAGGAUUGCCUCAAAGAGCAUGGCCAGUUGAAGGGGGAUUUAAUUCUGCAGGAGAAGGGAUUGUGAUUGGAUUUGUUGAUACUGGGAUUGAUCCUACGCAUCCAAGCUUUUCAGAUUCGAUAGAAGCAAAUGCGUAUCCAAUUCCACAACAUUUUUCUGGAAUAUGUGAGGUUACUACGGAUUUCCCUUCAGGCUCCUGCAACAGGAAACUUGUUGGCGCGAGGCAUUUUGCUGCAUCGGCUAUUACGAGAGGGAUUUUUAAUUACAGCAAGGAUCAUGCGUCACCCUUUGAUGGUGAUGGACAUGGGACGCAUACAGCUUCAAUUGCAUCGGGAAACUAUGGGAUUCCGGUGGUGGUAGCAGGACAUCACUUUGGAAAUGCAAGUGGCAUGGCUCCUCGGUCACAUAUUGCCAUCUACAAGGCAUUGUACAAGGGCUUUGGUGGCUUUGCUGCUGAUGUAGUUGCAGCCAUAGACCAGGCAGCUCAAGAUGGUGUUGACAUCAUUAGUUUAUCGAUCACUCCCAAUAGGCAUCCUUCAGGAGCUGCCACAUUCUUCAAUCCCAUAGACAUGGCUUUAUUGACAGCUGUUAAGUCUGGUAUUUUUGUAGUACAAGCAGCAGGAAACACUGGUCCUGCUCCACAUAGUAUUUCUUCUUUCAGUCCAUGGAUCUUCACAGUUGGAGCUGCUUCUCAUGACAGAGUUUACAAUAACUACAUACGUCUUGGCAACAAUUUGACCUUAUCUGGCGUUGGAUUUGCAUCAGGAACAGGUAACAUUAAGUAUACUAUGAUCUCUGCUGCGCAUGCUUUGUGCAAUGAUACCGCUCAAUCGAAUGACUUGUACGUUGGUGAAUGUCAAGACUCCAGUAUUUUGGAUCCUGAACUUGUUGCUGGAAACCUCUUAAUCUGUAGUUAUUCAGUACGUUUUGUACUUGGAGUGUCUACUAUCAAACAGGCAUUACAGACAGCCAAGAACCUAAGAGCAACUGGUGUUGUGUUUUACUUGGAUCCUUUUGUUUUAGGGUUUCAGCUGAACCCAACUCCUAUGGAUAUGCCUGGCAUUAUUAUUCCAUCAACAAAUGAUUCCAAGGUUUUGCUCCAAUAUUACAAUUCCUCUUUGGUAAGAGAUGGUUCCACAAAGAAAAUUGUAAAAUUUGGAGCAGUGGCUAGCAUUUCAGGUGGAGUAAAACCAAAAUACAUUGAUUCUGCUCCAAAGGUAAUGUACUACUCUGCUAGAGGUCCAGACCCAGAAGACAACGCUCUAAAUGAUGCAGACAUGCUGAAACCAAAUCUGGUUGCUCCUGGAAAUUCAAUAUGGGGUGCUUGGAGCUCACUUGGCACUGAUUCUACUGAAUUUCUAGGUGAGAGGUUUGCUAUGAUGUCCGGGACAAGCAUGGCUGCUCCUCAUGUUGCAGGACUUGCAGCUUUAAUCAAGAAGAAAUUCCCUAGUUUUAGUCCAGCUGCUAUUGCCUCUGCUCUUUCUACGACAGCUUCACUUCGUGACAAGAAUGGUGGACCCAUUAUGGCUCAACGUGCUUAUUCCAAUCCAGAUGUUAACCAAUCUCCUGCAACUACUUUUGACAUGGGCAGUGGGUUUGUCAAUGCAACUGGUGCCUUAGACCCAGGGCUCAUCUUGGAUACAAGCUACAUUGACUAUAUUUCCUUUCUUUGCGGUAUAAAUGGUUCAGCUUCAACAGUCUUAAACUUUACUGGUCAGACCUGUGAUGCAGUUCCGACUCUGACUGGCUCCGACUUGAACUUACCCUCUAUCACAAUCGCAAAACUAAAUCAAACUAGGGUGGUCAAUCGAACAGUUAUUAAUGUUGGUGUUGAUGAGUCCUUUUGUGUUGGUUGGGCUGCUCCGUACGGUGUUUCUGUGAAGGUUACGCCCACCCACUUCUCCAUUGCCACCGGAGAGAAACAGGUACUCACUGUAAUUCUAAAUGCUACUAGGAAUAAUAGCAUUGCUAGUUAUGGUAGGAUAGGGAUUUUUGGGGAUCGAGGUCACAUAGUAAACAUUCAGCUGUCGGUAAUUUAUAAAACAUAUUACAAAGUAAGUGGUAGUUGAUGGAAGAUAGAAAUUAAAAUGAUUGUUUGAUCUUGUAGGUCUGCUAAUUGUAUUGUUAGUCUAAAUUGAUUUUUUUUGAUUCAUACAUGUAAAGUAGAUGUACUGUGUUCAGAAUGUAGAUAUGUGAAUGUAUGAUAAUCGAAAAGAAAAAAAGAUUCAUGUUUUUGCAUUUUUGUAU